CUCUCUCUCUCUCUCUCUCUCUCUCUCUCUCUCUCUCGGAAUCAAGAACAGUAAAAAGAUGAGAAUGAUAAGAGAUGAAAAAGACCAGGAAUACAAGAAAGGUUUAUGGACAGUGGAAGAAGACAAGAUCCUCAUGGAUUAUGUCCGAACUCACGGCCAAGGCCAUUGGAACCGCAUCGCCAAGAAGACAGGGCUCAAGAGAUGUGGGAAAAGCUGUAGAUUAAGAUGGAUGAACUACUUAAGCCCUAGUGUAAACAGAGGAAAUUUCACUGACCAAGAAGAAGAUCUCAUCAUCAGACUCCACAAGCUCCUCGGCAACAGAUGGUCGUUGAUUGCGAAAAGAGUACCGGGAAGAACAGACAACCAAGUAAAGAAUUAUUGGAACACUCAUCUUAGCAAGAAACUCGGUCUUGGAGAUCAUUCAUAUGCUGCCAACCCGGCUUGCGGCACAGAGACUCCAGCGUCUUUGGUCACCGCAACAACCAAAACUUCUUCACCACCGUCUUUGGUCGUCACAACAACUACAACUUCUCCGUCUCAUCAAGAUGUUGGUGAUGAAAAAGUUUCGACUUUAAGAUCUGACAGUACGGACGAAAAUUCAAAACUCAAUACAAAAUCCAAACCUGUCUACUCAAUACAACCCGACGUCGAAGUUGCAGCUACCAUUCCAAAUCUGUUCGACACUUUUUGGGUUCUUGAAGACAACUUCGACCUUAGUUCACUCACAAUGAUGGAUUUUGCAAAUGGGUAUUGCCUCUGAAUAUCGUUUAUGAGGCUUCUAAGAUAUAAUUAUCGAAGAUUAAAUUAAUCGAACAAGAAUAAGAAUAUUUAUGAAUACAAUUUAUUUUCUAUGCUUCUAUAGUUUUUGUACUUCUUCUGUGAGAAGGAUAUGCAUAAACAGAUAAUAAAUAAAUUAAAAAGAUGAUUU